CACCAAAAACCUCCCCAUCCCUCUCUCGUCAACCUCAUCCCCUUCUCAAUUCUCCCCCAAACGGGGUAUUAAAAAAAAAAACCCUAAUUCUCAAAAUUGAACCAAGUACCGGCCUCAAUCCCUGAAUCCUUCGCCCUGAACGAGAGAGGAUGGGGAAGAACCAAGCGUACAAAGCGAUGCAGAGGUCGAGGCUGGGCUCGGCCGCCGGCGGGCCUGAGGAGAUCGAGGACGGAAUGACGGAUGGUUCAUUUCAUUCACCAGAGUGGCAUGCUGCUCGUUUGGCCAGCCUUAACACUUCUCACACUAUAACUUGGGAAGAAUACAAGAAGAAGCAGAAGGAAGACGAGCUCAAAAGAGGUGAGAUGGAGGCUGACAAGGAUAAAAUGAUGAGAGAAUACAGGGCCCAGCUUGAUGCUGAAAGAGCACGCAAGCUCUCUCUUGGAAGAAACCACUCCAGCAGCAAGUCACAUAGCAAGAAAGAGAGGAAGGAUAAAGACACGAAGAAACGGAGCAGCAGAAAGAGAAAGCACAGACAGAGAUCACAUGAAUCCAGUUCAUCUUGUUCAUCAUCAGAAUCUUCUAGCAGCAGCGAUGAUGAAAGGGAAUCAAAAAGGUCAAGAUCGAAGUCAAGAUCAAAGAAAUCUUCUAGCAGCAGCGACAAUGAGAAGGAAUCGAAAAGGUCAAGGUCAAAGUCGAGAUCGAAAAAAUCAAAGAAGGAAAGAAAGCACAGGUCACGAGCCAAGCACUCCAGCAGUGACGGUGAUAGUGAUGGUCCCUUGCCACUCUCCAGAUUCUUUGGCGCUGUAAAGAGCUGAAGCACCUCUCUUCUAUAUUGUAGCGUCUACCUGUGAGUUCAU